UCAUUUUCUCCGUGAUUGAUGGUUUCAUUUACUCAAAAUCUAUGUUUCUGCUAAAAGUAAAGUAAACGUCUCCAUUGCCAGGUUAAUUUCACAGUGCCUUUAUGAGCAAAAAUAUCCGCACACUCCCACAAACGUCCAGACGUUCGAAUAAUUGAUUUAAAAAUACUGAAAAAUGAAUGUUUGUUUACCCAAUUUCUCACACAGCGACCUAACGGAGGAAAUCGCAAUGCAGCGUGUAGGAUACCGGAAAUUCACAAGACGGUCAGGUGGUUUGUCAGCUGACGUUAGCAGAAACAGGAAGAGAAAUCACUUGUUUUCUUAAAGUAGUUAUUUCUCAAUAAGUAUCAAUUAUAUUUUUCAUCCCACUACACAAUAAUAUUUGAUUAACAUUAGUACUGCUACUGUACACAAUAUAACAUUAAUUCAAAAUGUUUGCCGCUGACGACGAGGAUGGAGAUUUUCUAUCGCCAACUGGAGGGGCUAAGCUGGCAUCACUUUUUGGACUGGACCAAGCAGCAAGUCAGGGCAAUGAAUCCUUUCAGUAUACAGCCCCUAAACAGCCAAGGAAGACUUCAAACCCAGGCCCUCCUACCCAGAAACCCACUCCGCCCCCUGGUGCUCCAUUAGUCUUGUUGGCUACAGCUAUCCAUGCUUUCAAAUAUCUUAACGGACAGUAUCAGAAACAAGGAAAGCUGGGAGCUGCAGUCUUGGGUAACCACACGACCAAAGAUUACAAACUCCUGCUUUAUGCUGGUCAACAGAAACAAGUGACUGCAGCCAAGAUUCAUGUUGGGUUUGUUUUUACGGUUCAGCCAAGUAACUACUGCACUUUUUAUGAUGACCAGCGCCAGAACUGGUCCUUGAUGUUUGACACUGAGAAAGCCGCAGUGGACUUCUGUAAAGAGGUGUGUUUGGCAAAAGUCAACAGCGCCCCCUUCUUAGAGGUGGUGGUGGUACAGGACCUGGCAUUAGGAGAGGGACAGGCGGUUGAGAGUGGAGACUCCCUGGAGGUGGCAUACACCGGGUGGCUCCUGCAGAACCACGCUGUCGGCCAGAUGUUUGACUCCAACAUGAACAAAGACAAGCUGCUGCGACUGAAGCUGGGUGCUGGGAAAGUGAUUAAGGGCUGGGAAGAUGGUAUGCUGGGCAUGAGGAAGUCAGGUCGACGUCUCAUUGUGAUCCCUGCCAGUCUGGGCUACGGUUCCCAUGGAGUGGCCAACCGAGUCCCGCCUGACAGCACACUCAUCUUUGAGGCGGAGUUACGACGGGUGAAGUUGGCGAAGGACAGUGGGUCGGACCAUGCCAGUUCUGGGUCUCGGGACUCUGCUGCCCCUUCACCUGCUCCCAGCGUGGAGAACCUGGGCCCGGACCUCCCGGCAGGUCCGGCGCAGCCCUCUGCUUCAAAUCCCGGGAGGCCAGUGGAACCACCACUUUGGGCCAAAUCAAAUUCCAUCAGUGAACAGUUGACGAAUCCAGACGCCACCAAAGCCAAGCUCAUCUCUCGCAUGGCCAAGAUGGGUCAGCCCAUGUUGCCAUUUAUGGCAGGGCCCUCCUCCCAGCCUGACUCCAGCGAUUCUGAAAUGGAGGACCCCAGUGCGUCCAGGGUAAAGGAUCGUGCUGCGACUCUUUCUCCAGUGCAGCUCCCCACUGCCCCCCAGGCUCCUACCCAAGUGGUUUCUCACCCUCACGGAGUUCCGCCCUCUGCCUUGAUGCCUGUUGCUAUGACGACUGCUGCUCCGCAGCCUAUAAUGGCAGGCUCUGCUCAGGCCUGUCAGCCUUACACAUAUCCACCGUCCUCUAUGGCCUCCUCUCAAAUUCAACCAAUGGGCCAGAUGUACCCUACCCAGACUGUACCAUACAUGGGAGGUGCUGGCGAGGUCACUUCUUUCCUCAUGACCGAAGCUCGGCAGCAUAAUACUGAGAUCCGAUUGGCGGUGGGCAAAGUGGCAGAUAAAGUGGACCAGUUGGCUUCAAAGGUUGAAAACCUUCAGAGGCAAGGAGGCCAGUCAUUGGCUAUGCCCAGUGUCACCAUGGAAACAUCUAUGAUCAUGCACAACAUCCAAAGAAUCAUUCAGGAAAAUGAAUCUUUGAAGAAGGAUGUGUACGAGAAGAGCGCACGCAUCGAGGAGCAGAACCGCAAGAUCGGGGAGCUCAUCCACCAGAACCAGAGGUACAUGGAGCAGAGUAACCUGCUGAUGGAGCAACGGAAUGACACCCUGAAGUCGUCCAGUGAACACAACCAGGCCCGGGUACUGCAGGCCGAGCAAGAUAAGCUGCGUCUGACAGAGGAGUUGGCCACUUCUAUGGCCCGGGUAUCCCAACUGCAGCAGGAGGCCACCUCUCACCAGCAGAGGGCGGCAGAGUUACAGAGCAAACUAACUUCCGCCCUGCAGGACGGCGACACACACUGCUCACGCAUCGCCUUGUUAGAGACCCAACUAGAAGAGCUAAAGGAGACAGCUGAGCGAGGCCAGGCCCAGUACCGCACAGAGAAGCAGAAACGCAAAGAGAUGGAACUCCGAGUGAACAACGUAGAGGAGGAGCUUCAAGACCUUAAGACCGACAAGGAAGGUGUAGAACGAACGCUGUUGGACAGGAAGAGGAAGUGGCAGGCCGAAAGGCAGAGGUGCGACGAGGAGAUGGAGGAGCUGAGGAGGGUCAGUCAGCAGGACCUGACCAAUCUGAGGACCCAGCUACACAAGGCCCGGACAAACACCGGACAGGCCGCCUCAGAGCAGCUAGCCCAGCUCCAAGCAGAGCUGGAGGAGGAUUGGAAAGGCAGGUGCGCGCAGGCGUUGGCCCUGGCUAAGGAGCAGCAUGGACGGGCGAUUGCCGAACUGGCGGAGCAGAGGGACACGCUGGAGCAGAGUCUUACCCAGCUACAGGAGAAGUUCUCAGCUCUGAAGCAGUCCAGGGACUCGGAGGAGCAGCGCUUGCUGCAGCAACAGGGGCAGGGCGAGGAGCUCAAGGCCCUACAACAAAAGUAUUCAGGCCUGGAGGAGUCGUCGGCAGCAGUGAGGCAGAAGCUGGAGGGCAGAGUGGCUCAGCUGAGGAGGAGGUUGGCAGAGCAAGAGUUUGCAGGACAGGACACUGCCGGGGAGGUGAAGCGUGUGAUGAAUGGAGUGUUCCACUCUCUGAGGGCGGAAUUCGACCUACAUGACACCUACACAGGCAGUGCUGUGCUUGGAGUAAUUGUGAACACCAUAAAGAGUGUCACCUUACAAUUGCUCAACAGCACAGAGGGACCUUCAUCCCAUCAGAGGGAAAACAAAGAAGAAGAGGAGGAUGAAGAGGAGGAGGAGGAAGAGGAGGAGGACAGUAAUGAGAGACAGGCAGAGGAGAGACCACUGCAAGAUGUCAAGGUGAAUGGUCAGCAGGAGGAGGAGCAACGGGUGGAGCCAGAGCAGCCUGGAGAGUCCCCUGGACAGAGGGAGGGAGACCCCAGAAAUGUCCAGGAGAGGGUUUACUCUGAGGUAGUACCAGAGACAGAGAAGCCGACCGGAGCGGAACCAGAGGAAGCCAUCCACCCAGAGCCAGAGCACCAGCCACACUCACCCCAGCCCAGACCAACAUCUUCUGACAUGAACCCUGAGGAGAAUAUGCCCUCUGUGAUGGGAACAGAAAUGAAGUUGGAAAGUGACGCAAGUCCCUCAGAGGAGAAGAAAAUAAGUGUGACUGUUGAGGAUUCCCUUUGUGAACUGGAUGUAACUAGCCCCAAAGCCACAGGUCCUCCAGCCCAUCCCCCACUACCACCAAACCUUCUAAAUGACAGUUCUGGUCAGGUAACAAGUCUGACUGAGGGAGUAGGAGAGGAAAAUGGGAAGGACACAUUUUUCCUGAGCACACCCCCAACCAAACCCCCACCACCACCCACUGAGGAGGAAGAGGAUGAACUGAGCUUAAAGGGACAACCUCCCCCAGCCCCACUGUUUGGUGAUGACGAUGAUGAAGAAGAUGAUCUUGACUGGCUGGGCUGAGCAACAACUAAUAUAAUGGGUGUAUUAUGAGUAUUAAUGUCAAUGGACAGAACGGCCUAUAGAGAGAUGGUUUACACUGUCCAACAGCCGACUAUACCAGGAAGGACAUGGAGAUGAGCCUCUCUGAACAAUGUGAUUUAAGGAUUACAGGUUCAGUUAAUUCAGUUGUCAUCACACGAUCCAACCAAAAUUUGACUUCCGAUUUACCCAAUCCCUCCAAAUUGGAGGUGGUGGGGAGGAUGACUGACAGAUUUAUCACUUGAGGUUCAGGAUUUGAUUUGGUUAACUUUCAAUUAAAGGUGCUCUAACUACUAUGCUGAGUGCAAAGGACGCCAUUUUGACUGACGCUAACAUGCUUUGUGACCUGUGUGCCGUGUUGAUCUGUAAGGCUGACAUGGCCCUGGAAAAGCCCCCUCCCCCUCACCCAACACAAUCAAAGUAAAUCAACGGUGUGUUAGUACUGUCAUUUGUUGCCUUCAUUGGGCCUUAGAGACUACAAUUACGCUCUAGGGUCUUUUAAAUACUGUAGCUUGGGUGUUAAUUUAUUUGAUUUUAUUUAGCAUUUCCCUAAUAUGUUUGUUGUUUUUGUUGUCUGAGUUUUCAUUGCUGUCAUUUUUUAUGAUGACAAAAUGAUGCUUCAAGAAUAUUUAACUUUUGAAAAAUGUCUAACCUAGAUUCAUUCCAUAA